GACGAAGUGGACGGACGGUCAGUCGGUCGGUUGGUCGGUCGGUCGGUCUCGCUGCUCUCGAACCUCUCGAGUCUUUUUCCGACGCGGCUGCGAGUCGGGCUCCGUUUUGAAACGCGCAAUUGCGACAAUAUGGCGGAACGCGCACUCACGCCGGCACCGAUCUCGCAGUGAUCCUCGCGCUCGGUACCUCGUAGUGUGGAAACGCGUGCAGAACGCACGCCAGCGCGCACGUCCGAGUCUCCUCACACACGCGAACGCCGGUCGCGCAUCGCAUCUAUACAAAAUAUAUACAUAUAUACACAUCUCUCCCUUUCUCUCUCUCUCUCUCUCUCUCUCUCUCGGAAGUACCACGAUCUCCGUGUAUCCCGCGCACUCCGGAUAUCUCGCGCUCUCGCGAAACACGCACGGCGCGCUCCUCGGCGCCGACCUCGAGUUAUUAUCGAUCAGCGUCCCGUCCCGUGCCGGUGGCGAUGUGCCGCCGCGGAUGAUGGAGCUGACGCUGCUGUCGCGCGACCCCUUCGUCGACCAGGCCGCGUCUCCGCGACAACACGUUCGCUGUUGAGCAAGUGGAAGUGCAUCGCCCGACGACCCGCGGACGACCAGCGGCGACGCUUCGUGUCCGCCCGUCCGGUCGCCGUCCGAGAGUGCAGCGGGUGCAGUAAGCGCCCGAGCAGGAGAUCCGUAGACCAUGCCAGGGCCAGGGGCGGAGUGGUGACCUAGACCUCAUCCCGGCUCCGACCCUCGAUGCUUACGCUACGGCUGGUGUCGACUCACUUCCUGAAGCAGCCAUAGGCAGUGCCCUUUGCCUUAGAGAAAGGGCUCGAUGCGAUGUGCCGUGAUAGGGACAUGAACCCAGAACUACUAGUCGAGUCGCACGAUCUCCGCUCAACGGCGUCGCCGUCGCCGUCGUCGUAAAUAAUAACAAAUAAAAUAAUAAUAAUAAAACGAAGAAAAAAGCGUACACGGUCGUUCGAAAUUUUCACGCGCACGCAAGAAGGACUUUUUCUUCUUCUUCGACGGCCCUUCUAUCUCUCUCUCUCUUUCUCUCUCUCUCUGUACUGCGAGAGUACUCUCUCGCGCAUAUACAUAUAUACAUAUAUAUAUAUUACACAUAUACACACCACACUUAGCCCCCACGAGUCGUUCCUUGCCCUUCCAACCACGAAGACAAACAAGAGGGCGACUUCUCUUUUCAUAUUAUUCCGAGAUAAAUUAAAAUCCCGAGACGUACGGAACGGGCUAUUCUGUCAAGCGAGGAAGUGUGUAUAUACGCGAUCUCGCGUUCGGUACUCGCGGUAUUCGACAUAUAAAUCCGUGAUCCCAGCCGCCGGAACUGGCCGGAUUGACGGUGCACGAUCAGAACACGGAAGAGACGACGUUAUCAGUACGUAUUCACGGCAAAUCCAGACGGCGGGAAGAAAGAAGGGAGGAGCAGGACGAGGCACCUGCCACGCUGAGCUCAGUGUACUUCAACCUGUGGAGGGUCGCGAGAGAGUGCAUUUGCGGCAGCAGGUCGCGGCGCAGACAAAGUGGGAUGAGACGCCCUCAGCAAGAACAUCUCCAUCAUCAUCACCACCAUCAUCAUCACCAUCAUGGAUCCUCAACAAGUCCCACGUGCUCUCGUCAAACGCAUGAUAAGUACUCGAAAAUGCGCAAGGCCUAGGCGGCCUAACACAUCCGCGUCGCUCGCGUUUCAGGACGAGUCUCGUCUCGCUCGCGUGAAGCGUGUCCUGGCAGGUUCGCUGUUGGGCCGCGGUGCUGGCUCCAGCAGGAUCUUCGGCACCCGGCUGGAGCUGGUCGAGUCGUAUCUCGACACGGGUGUACCGUACGUGGUGCACCGGCUAUGCAGCUACAUCGAGGUACACGGCUUCCAGAGCGCGGCGGUGUUCCGCCUGUCAGGCGGCAGUCCCCGGCUGGCGGAGCGGCUGAGGGCGGCCUUCGAGCGACGGGGUGAUGCCGAUCUGGAGGCAGCCGGGUGUCCGCCGACCGCCGCGACCCUCCUCCGUCAAUAUCUGAAGGAAUUGCCGCAGCCGGUCGUACCAUCCACCGUCGUCAGCAGACUCCUUAACGCUCACACUCAAGACUAUUCGAACGAUCACGACUCGUGGAUCACCUCGACGAAGGAGCUGCUGUCGACGCUGCCGUCCUCGCAUUAUCGUCUGCUCGGCUACCUGGCGAUCUACCUUAGCCGAUACGAGGCGCAACACGGACGGAGCGCCGGAGUCUGCGGUGUUUUCGCUCCCGUUAUCCUGCCCCACGUGCCGCCCGCGACCACCCUCCUGCGGGACAUCCUGGCCGAGGCGCUGGUGCUGUUUCCCGACUGUAUCCGUGAGAAUACGGUGAACGGCUUGGUACCUGUCGGCGACUGCAAGAUCUGCAAGGAUACGAGAGACGAGCCGAAGGACUCUGAGGGUGCGUCUCUGCUCUGCUCGCUGAAACCGCGUAAGCGCAAGGAGCGGCGCGAGUCCUGCUGCCAAGAACGGAAGCUAAUAAGGAGCAGCAGCGAGGAACGUGUUCUUGACAGUCCCACCGACGUUGCAGAUACGAUCAGACGUGUGAGUAGCCACGAAGAUUUCAAUAGCCAGGAACAUUUGCACAUUUUAUCGCAACUCGGUCAAGACAUGGGUCACGGCGUGAGAUGUGGCGGAUUACCACUCCACGAGAGAACCAACGUUUCACCGGUAUCGAAAAAAUCGUCAUCGGUGCCGACACCGUGCGAAGUGGUUGUGGCGACUGAAAAAUAUGAUUGUGACGCUGAGAGAUUGAGAAACAGCGAACGCUUCAGCAGAAGUAUCACCCCGAGAGGCAGAAGACAAGCGCGCAGAAGAAGAGUGCAUAGAGUUACGGAUACUGACCAGAAUUCUAAGGAAAACGAAGAGGAGUCUGAGAAUAUGUAUAUUUCAAAUAUGUCACCGACUCCUAACAGCUCGCCGGCUCAAAGCUUUCUAGAGAUGUUGAGUAGCGGACCGAGCAGAUCACCUUCGCCAGCUCGUCCGCCUACCGUUGAUCACGAGGACGCAAAUAAUCCCAGUUUGACGAAUUGGGGCUUUCAACAUUUGGAAGGAAACGAAGAAGCCGUGGACGCUCGAGUGGAAGCUAUGCUCUCGCCGAGAAACUCGCUGUUGCUUCCUAGGAGAUUUUACUCCGAAGAGGAGAUACAAUCGAACACACUUAGCCCGUCAGAAAUGGGACUGAAGAAUCUUGCGAAGCACAUUAACGGCCUCAAGAAAAAGAUCAAGAAGUACGAAGACGAAUUUGAAGAGAACUUUGGAUAUCGACCGAGUCAUUCUGACAAAAUGAGUAACCGCGACAUCAAACGGUUAUGCACGGAGCUGAAUAAAUUGCGGAAGGAACACAAGUUACUGAAGGAAGAUCCAAUAGGUGCGUUACUGGCCAACGCUAAUAAUCGACUGAACACUACCGGCAGUCCCAUAAACAACAACAAUGGCCAUGAGAAAUCCCGGGCGACGUCGAUAGAAGAGGUGGUCAAAGAGGCGGAGAAGAAACUCAACGAGAAACGCAUUAAAUAUAAUCGGCCCGAUAACAUGGAGGAACUCAGUUAUGAACAAUUAGUAGACGAAAAGACGGCCGUGCAAAAGGCAUUGCUCCAUAUUGAGAAUACUUUUGGCAGGCCAGUGUCUAAGGAAGACAGAACGGUUGUACGGCCAUUAUACGAUCGGUACAGAACCUUAAAAAGACUGCUCAUCAGAGCGGGCGCGAGCAAAAACAAGGACAGCGUUUCGGAACUGGCUACGAUUUUAGAGCACGAAACAAUGGAUUUUACGUCGUCUAGUCUGCCAGGAAAUGCCGUAGAGGCUGAGAGAAGAGCCAGCGAGCCUGACAUGUCGCAUCGAGGUAUUUUGGACUGUAUCGAUCCCGUGGAUCAAUUGCCAACUGAUAGCGAUAGUCAGCAUAGCAGUAGCGAAGGUAGUCGCGGUGCCGGUGAAAGCCUUCACGCUCUUCCCCAAGAAGAAUUAUUAAUACAACAACGAAGUACUCGAGAGGAAAAGAAACGACUUCGUAGAGCACUGAAGGAACUAGAAGCGCAGUUUGAGGCCCGAGCUGGCCGUCGUAUGCAACGCGAGGAUCGUGGACCGCAAGUCACCACUGUGUAUGAAUCCUACAAGCAGGCAAAAGCGAAACUGAGACUGAUCGACGCCCUCAUAGCCAAGAAAGCUUGACGUAGUAUUUAAUUCACAAGCAACAGCGAACUGAUUUGAACAACAUUGUUGAAACUUAAGCAAUCUUUGAAUGUCUGUUGCACCAUGCAGGCACAUUCAUCACCGCAAUUUCUGUAUUGUGCGGUAUAUUGAUUCAAAAGGCCUGAAGAAGCAAUAUCUGCUGAAGCGAAAAACACUAUUGUAACGUAACGAGAAUCUAUCGUCCAGAAUCAAAAGCUUUUGAGAACACAAAAGAACGUGCAAGUGGAUAAUACUUGCGAGUGUAGGAUUUACUUCCUUUUCGUAAGUAUAUCCGCUGUAUGCAGUUUUCUUUCGAUCGCAGAUUCCGUUCACGCGUUACAACACUGAAGAAAUAAUACCGAAUGUUUUCAAUGUUAAAGUAACGCAUCUUUUUUACAUCGUUUUUGAUCAACAUAAUCGAUAUGUUGAAAAGUAACGCAUAAACGGACAACUUAUAGUGAGCAAUGUCUACAAAAUAAAAGCAUGAUAUCAUGGUAGUACAUUUGAACUCUCUUAAUCUCUAAUAAUUCUACAGCAUAAAAUGAUUAUUACGAUGUGAUAUAUCGUAAUUGUUCGACGAAAUAAUCGCGUAUCUUGUACACCGGUUUACUUUAUAUUUAACGCGUUCGUUUGCAAUGGAAGAUUUCCAUUUGUCCUCCAUUCAUUUCACCGCGUAUGCAACAUUAGGAUACACUUUUGACGUUAACGAGAAACUGAAUGUUUAUUUUGAUAUAUUUACAAUUUAUAAAAUUGAUCGGUUACAAAUAUAUAAAAAAAUGUACUUAUAUUUUAUAUAUAUAUAUUUGUUGCAAAUAUUUCUAAACUUGUUUGUACUUAAAGUGUCAAGUUUUAUAACGGUUAAUGCAAGAACAGAUAUCGAACGAACAAGGCUCGACUUGUCAUUUUUAAUCGUUAAGACAAAUCAAGAUCUUUCCGGCAGAUAACGUGUAUCGUACGAUUAUGAGAAACAUGCCAGAUAGUAAUUUAUUUCACCAAUCAAAUAUAUUUUAUUUUCGUAUUUAUAUUUUGAAAAAAAAAGAUUUAUUUUUUGUUUCAUCGUUGAGAGGAGCAUCUUGUUUAAUCAUACCGUGCGUAAUGUCGGUUGAAUUUUUCUUACUUUGACGAUAAUUAUUGUAUCGAUAAGACUUAAAAGAGAAAUGAUAGAAGAGAGCGGGUAUCCAUAUAAUGAUUAACGUUUAUAGUGGGCCCGAUAUUUAUUUUAUCACAUCUUAAAGUAAUCGCUGAAGUCUAACGCUGAAAGAGUAAAGAACGAAUCUGUGGGGUUACUCGUAAUAUAUAAGUACCUUGUAAGAGAUAUCACAUGUUGUAAUAUUGUAGAGUACUAUAAAAUGUUACGAACUUAAUAAGCGUAUUAAAAGAGAAAGAAAGAAAAAGAAUAUUCACUAAGAGAAGCUCGUUGAUUUUUGCGUUUAUAUUUUUGUACAAGUACGAUUUUAAGGCCGUUCGCAAUGUAUACACACACAACCGACUACUAUCGUAAAAACGCCUUAAAAUUCCACUUGGAUCGAUUUUUUCAGAAUAGAAUCUCGAGAAUCAAGGGUGCUAAUGGCUUGAGUUCUACCGCAUGCCGACUAAUACGAAAGAAAUGCUUUGCGAAUCUCAUUGAUCAUGAGUUGCAACCGCGCCGAAGGGGUUUUUUUUUCUCAUUUUACCACGACAUAGUGACAAAAUCAGCCACAUUUCAGAAUUGAAAAUUUCAAUAUAUAAACGAGAUAUAAAAGCAAUCAAUGAUUUUGACUCAUUCAGUAUCAAGCAGGAAAUAAAAAAUCGGCGAGUAAAUUUGCCAAUCUUGCGUAUUUAUGGGUAAAAUUAACGUUUUUGAAAAUAAUGAUACAUCGGUGGCAGCCGCUUGUGAACACAUAAAUGCGAAAUACGUGUCCGUUGUAAUUAACAAAAAUGAGUAAGUAACGAAAAAAAGGAAAGAACAAGACAAUUUUUUAGACCAAAGCAUUUUUUAGUCUGUGAUAUAAUGAGAGAUAUAUUUGCGUUAAGAUGGGAGAAUGUGUGUGUGAAGUACUCGGUUCCGUUUCUGUUUCCUUCUUCUUUUUGUGAAAAAAAAUUUUGUAGAAGACCGAGAUAAAGAGAGAUGUGAUUUUUCCGCCAUUUUCUUUGCAGAGAGUGAUUGAAGUCGGCGAUAUCUUUCAGAAGAUCCUACAGCGAUGGCGAUAGCAUAAAUAAAGCAGAGUCCUUUUUCGAGAGAACGGUUGGAGACAGAGUAAUCACGGAGAGCUUAAGAAAAAGUGAACAAAUGAAUUUUUCAUACGCGCGCCAAUGAUCGAAAUACACAUGAAAAUAAAAAUUGAAAUAAGAAACUCAGCAAGGCUGUACCACUUUGUGUAUUUGGUCGAUCCUUGAAAUUAAUUAGUCUCUUAUCUGCUGCCGUUUAAUUACUUCUUCAUAGCAACAAAAAUGUAUGACACUAUAGGAGCACUUUUGUCACCGCGACAAGAUUAUUUUUCACAUUUCGUCGCGGAAUUGUUGUCCUCCAUCCGUACUGCCAAAAGGACUGCGCUGUUCACGAGAGAAAAUUAAUUUUGUAUUUGAUGCCCACAGGAAUGUUUUUAUUUCUCGCGGGUGCACCUAAGUCGCGCCCCUCCACUAGUAAGAAAGAGAGAGAGAAAGCAAAUUAGUAUUAUCGUAGAUCUAAGAUAACAUUUUAUAUUAACGUUAACUAAGGUAUAUUUUGUAGCGGAUAGUAUCUUUAAUGCGUAUAAGGAUAGAUCGCGUGAUUCUGUGUAGACGCUUUGACAGGAAGAAAGAGAGAGAGAGAGAGACAGAAGCAGGAAUAAUUUAGAAGAGAAGACGGAACAUAGAGGGAGGCAAGAACAUUUUAUUUAACGAAGCUAAGAGACAAGCUAGAUCACAAAUUGUUUAAUUAGUACUUAAAAAAAUGAACAUUGCUAAAUAUUUCGUGCGGAUCUACGAACAUAUCUAGAGAGAUUAGAAUCUUACGACAGAGAGAAAGAAAAAAGUGUAAAAAAAAAACGGAAAUCAGUAACGAUUGGAACAAUUUCUCUUGGAUAUCGUCGUACGUAGCUGCAGCUGACAAUUACAAUCGACCGUGAGAGCCGCGACGACGAGAAAUCCGUCUCUAACGGGAGUCCUAAGAAAAACCACCUUCGGCGUUUAUACACACAUGUUGAUUCUGUAUAUACAUAUAUAUAAAUAUAUUAUAUGUAUAGAGGUAUACACACACAUACACAAGGCGGAAAGUUGCGUAUACAUGAAUUACAUAAAAUCGUAACACACAUACAUUAUUAUGGGGUAGCAGGCAGAAUCGAAUAAAAUGGAAUAUGAUCUGCUGGAAA